AUGAUACUUAACAACCGGAAUGAGGAGCUCAGCUUCCACGUUAAAGUAGAUGAUUAUGAUUACGUGAUUUCGUCGGUGAUGAAAUGUUUCGGUUGCGGUGAGGAGGGGCAUACUGUGAGGGCCUGUCCGAGGCAGGGGGACCCGGCUCCACCUGACCUGGGUGUGGCGCUCGGCGCUGUGGCGGGGCCGUCCGCUGGUCGCAAGGGUGCGGUGGAGACACCUCCUGCUGCGAACCCAGCUGCGGAAUCUGAGCGGUCCAUUGCGGACAGUGAGGGAGAGGCUUUGGGUAAGGUGGGAGAUGUUCUUCCCCAGAGCCUGGUCUGGGGAAGAGACGGCUUCAAGUAUCUGGGAAUCUAUCUCGGACAAGAGAACAUAGUCCAGAAGAACUGGGAGGGCGUCACAGAGAAGAUCGAGGGAAAACUUUUCAAAUGGAAAUGGCUGCUCCCUCAGAUAACCCUGUGCCUGCAGCAGCUGGUGGACGCAGUGGGGCCGACGCUGAGCGACGCCCCGGCCCUGGGCUCUCUGCUGGGUCUGCAUUCUGUCCGGGUGGCCAGGGGGCUCCUGGAGCUGUGGAGCCAGAGACUGACGGGGAAAGAAAGGAGCCUCCUCACGAACUACAGCCAAGGAAAAGUCGAGCCGGACCCUUCAGACCCUUUCCCUGAGAUCUCCCUGAGCCCAGGGCUAGGGGAACUCACCGGCCCCCUGCUUGCUACAACAUGUCCAGAAAAACUGACACUACACAAGGUGGACAAGAAGACCUUGUAUUUUAACUGUGUGAAGGGCACAAACAAGAGCGGACUGUGCAACAGGCUCCCCAAUGUGUGGGUUUUCAUCAUGGGAGCUGCCUACAAGAAAACAGGAAAAGAAAAGUGUCAGUUCCUUAACUAUCUUUCAGGGGAAGCCAAGAUGGCAAUUUAUCUGAGCAGAAAGAACCGAGUGGAGAACAGGGAGGGUCAGGAGGCCAGUGUGUGUGUGUGUGUGUGUGUGUGUGUGUGUGUGUGUGUGUCAGACUGGUCCACCAGAGUGAAGCAGAUCGCUAAGCUGUGGAGGAAGGCCAGCUCUCAGGACCGAGCUCCCUUCGUGCAAAAAGCUCGAGAUAACCGGGCGGCUCAGCGCAUCAACAAGGUGCAGCUGUCUAACGACCAGCUCAAACGCCACCAGUCCUCCCAGCAGCUCCAGUCCUCCCAGCAGCUCCAGUCCUCCCAGCAGCUCCAGUCCUCCCAGCAGCACCAGUCCUCCCAGCAGCUCCAGUCCUCCCAGCAGCUCCAGUCCUCCCAGCAGCCUCUACCGCUGCUGGGACCUUAUGACCCUGUUUCCUUGGAGCUGGAGGGGGCGUUUAAGGACCCCCUGAGGCCCAAAGAGUCCGAACAGGAGCAGGAGUGGAAGUUCAGACAGGGAGAGGUAAAAGACAGAUGGGGAGCCGGUAAGAAGAGGCAGGAAAAUCUCCCCCAAAGCAAAGCCCUAAAAUCACCAACAGAUAAAGGUUGUCCCUACCAGGCAUCUGUAGCAGGAGGUGGCAAAGAGGCUCUGCAAAUGCGUCAUAAGAACAAGCAGCUGGCGAAGAUGGAGGCCAGUCAGAAGCUGGAGCAGGUGAAGAACGAGCAGCUCCUCCAGCAGAGGCAGCUGCAGCUCGCCGGACGUCUUUCUCCAGACGCCGGCAGCCGAAGCCCCGUGGCACCCGUCAUCGGGGGCGACGCCUCCAGACAGCACCUCCUUCAGCAGAGCUCGGGACCAGCUGACAACGUCUUCCUCAAACCACAAGCCCCUCCCCCUUCUGGCUUCUCCUCACUCCCUCACUCCCCCCUCCCCUCCUCUCCCCUCCAUCAGCCCCCCUCCUCCCCUCAGAUGUUCUCCCCGCCCUCCUCCCGUUCCUCCUCACCCUGGGAACCCAACAUUAAAGUAGCAGGGCCUACUCGCCCCCCCUCCUCACAGGCUGGUGUCCCCCAGCAUCACAACUCCCUCAGCUCCUCCCCAGCCCACGAUGCCUUUGGUUCUCCUGCACCGUCCCCCGACUCCAAAACCUCCGACGUCUCCAGGACCCUCGGACCCCAACAAGGACUGCAGCAGAACAGGGCCGGUAUGAUGAGUCCUCCCUCUGGCUCGGCCUCCGACCCUUCAGCCCGACACAUUGGUAUCCGAGCAGCUGAGACAUACCUGCGGACUCCUCACAACAGCAGUAACAUCCGUGCAGCGGUGUCUGAACUGUACGGUCGCGGUGGUGAACUGGUGCAUGGCGGGUUGUUUAAAGCCCCCAUGCCUCCUCAGCACCAGCCUCAACUGGAGGUGUUUGGUACCACAGGAGGAGCAGGAAGGAGGGACCUGUCCAGACCCACAGACCUGGGCUGUGCUCUCUCCCAGUCGCAGGACCCUCCCUUCCCCUCCAGUCCGCUAUCUGGACUGGGCUCUCCCCACCGCAGCCCCUAUGCCCAGACACCUGGUACCCCCAGACCUGACUACAGCCAGCAGAUGUCUGACCCCUUCACCCAGCACUCACCUUUGACCUCCCGACCCUCGCCUGACCCCUACACCAACCCUCAGACUCCAUGUACACCACACCCUCAUUCUGACCCCACAUACCUCACCACACCGCCUGCACUGAGACUGGACCAGUAUAACCAGCAGUCUACCAGCAGACGUCCGUCCCCCUCCCACCCAAACCUCGACCCUUACGCCUCCAACCCGGGGACUCCCCGCCCCACUGUCACCGAGCACUUCCCUCGAUCGCCGGGGAGUCAGCGGAACACAGACCCCCAGGCCCAGCAGCCCUCCACGCCACGACCCAUGAUGGACCCCUACGCCCAGCAGCCCUCCAUGCCACGACCCAUGUUGGACCCCUACGCCCAGCAGCCCUCCACGCCGCGACCCAUGUUGGACCCCUACGCCCAGCAGCCCUCCACACCACGACCCAUGUUGGACCCCUACGCCCAGCAGCCCUCCACACCACGACCCAUAAUGGACCCCUACGCCCAGCAGCCCUCCACACCGCGGCCUCAGAAGGCCCCAGAGCCCUUCAGCCAGGCCCCAAUGGAGAUCUUCACUCCUCAACUUGCAGGAUCCGGUUCAUCCCCUUUGGUUUCAGGGCUGUCUGGAGAGACGGUGACCUUCACCCCAACACACCAGUUGCAGCAGUCUCCAGGAAGACAACAGCAACAACAACAGCAGGACUUAUUUCCCACAACCCCCAGCAACCAGACCCUGAAGCACCCUGGGAUGUCAGAGGAGAGCGUCUUCUUGGCGGGUCAGACUCCCAGUCACGACCCCUUUGAGCAGAGUCACAUGACAGCAGACCCCUCACAGAUGGACAAGACAACAACCAAUAAGAUGGCAGCGAUGGCUGUGGCUCCUUUAGAUGGACCAAUGAGCAUGCUGCCUCAGCUUGGUGAUUCGGAGGAGAAGCUGAGACAGCGUCAGCGUCUACGGCAGCUCAUCCUGAGGCAGCAGCAGCAGAAGAGUGCGUUACGGCAGGAGAAAGGUCUGCAGGAAGCAGCUUCUGGACCCUCUGGACCCCAUGCUGCUGGACCCGUCCCUGGUUCUGCCACACCACAACACUGGUCCCAGCCAGACCCCUCCACUGCUCCUCCAAUAGACCUGUUUGGACGUCCCCCACCCCCAUACCCCGGCACAGUGAGGCCUGGUGGGGCAGCGGGGGCUUUGGCCCCCAGGUUCCCUGGAGGUUUCCCUGGGGUGCAGCAGAGGGGGUUCACCCCAAAAGAGCUGCCAGUCCGAGGACCAGUCCUGAGGUUGGGUGUUCCUCCAGCGGGUCUCCAGGACUCCUUCUUACGGCCUCCCCAGGGAGCGGUGCAUGGAUCUGGGCUCAGUAUGGUGGAGGGAGUCACUUUCCAGAUGAAGAGGCCGAUACCUGUGGAGUUCACCGGCAUCCGACCUGUCCCGGCUCCCGGUGCUCAGCCACACAUGAUAUCUGGUGUCCCCCAGCCCUUCCUCCCCCGCUCCCUCCCCCUCCAGCAGCACAGUAUCAUGGGACAGCCCUACAUCGAGCUCCGUCAUCACGCCCCCGAGAACCGCCUGAGGAUGUCCUUCUCUCUGCCCGAGGUCCCGCUGCUGCCCCCCAGAGACCCUCAGCCGUCUCCGGUCAGACCCGGUCCGGGGGCCAGGAUGGGUGAGAUGGCGCUGGGCCCGGCGAUGGUGAUGGAACAGCUGAACCACCAGCACCUGGUCCACGCAGCAGCGCAUACUCAGAGCGGAGAGUCCACGCUCCCGGAGGAGCACCUGGAGGGGGAGGACUCUGCCGUGAAGGACCUGGAAGACGUGGAGGUGAAAGAUCUGGUGGACCUCAACCUGAACCUGGACCCUGAAGACGGUAAAGAAGACCUGGAUCUGGGUCCGAAUGACCUCCACCUCGACGACUUCCUGCUGUCGGGGAAGUUUGACCUGAUCGCCUACGCCGACCCCGAGCUCAAUCUGGAAGACAAGAAGGAUAUGUUCAACGAGGAGUUGGAGCUGGGGGAGCCGGUGGAGGAAAGGAGGGAUGGCGCCGGUGGGUCCACACAGACCGACGGCCACCUGAUCGGCCACGUCAAACAGGAAGUACAGGACGGCCCCUCUGCUACCCAGCAACCUACACCUCAUGCUGGGGUGGUCACCACCAGCAGACCUCAAGGAGCUCCAGGGUCUGAGGCAGCAGGCUCCAGCCAGCCAUCAGGUCCAGGUUCUGUUUGUCUCCAGACCCAAGAACAGGCUCUGUCAUCGGGCAUGACUCCCAGGGUUCAUCCCCCCAUGGCUGGAGGUCAACAGUCUGUCUUCCAGCAGCAGCAGAGACCGUUUGGACCCCCUCCCUCAGCUCUCUUCACCCCCCACCUUCAGGGUCUCCCAGUUUCUGCCCACACCAGUCUGACUACUCAGGGUCCUCAUGCCUCGCCUCACCCGCUGUCCCUCCAACCCUCCCAGCCUCGCCUCCUUCUCAACCCUCAGACCCAGCUUUCACACCAGGGGACCUCCUCCCAGAUCCAGGCUGUCCUCCCCCAGAACCUGGACCAGGACCAGCACAGGCUUCUGCUCCUGGAGGAGCAGCCACUCCUCCUGCAGGACCUCCUGGACCAGGAGCGCCAGGAGCAGCAGCAGCAGAAACAGAUGCAAGCCCUAAUCAGACAGAGGUCCACCACAGACCCUGUGUUACCCACUAUGGACUUUGACUCCGUCUCCGACCCCAUCAUGAAGGCCAAGAUGGUGGCUCUGAAGGGCAUCAACAAGGUCAUGACCCAGGGCAACCUGGGACUCAGCCCCAUGGUCAUCAACAGGUUCCAGCAGGCUCCAGUAGUCCCGGUGGCCCCGGUGGCCCCAGUGGCUCCGGGUUCAGAGGGGACUCAGCCUCCACAGCUGGUGGUUCAGGACGGGAAGUUGAAAGCCCCAUUGGUGCGACCGAACCCUCCCAGCUUCGGCUCGGGCUUCGUCAACGAGUCACAGCGGCGUCAGUAUGAGGAGUGGUUGGUGGAGACGCAGCAGCUACUGCAGAUGCAGCAGCGCCUCCUGGAGGACCAGAUUGCAGGUUUUCGCAAGAAUAAGAAAUCUCUGUCGGCCAAACAGAGAACAGCCAAGAAGGCCGGCCGAGCCGUCGCCGAGGAGGACGCUGCCCAGCUCUGCAACAUCACGGAGCAGCAGGGGGCAGUCCAGAAGCAGCUGGAGCAGAUCCGGAAGCAGCAGAAGGAUCAUGCCGAGCUGAUUGAGGACUACAGGACCAAGCAGCAGCAGCAGAGAGCUACAGGAGCUCCCCCCAUCCCCCAGACCCCCUUCUCCCAGCCCAUGGUGCCCAUGCAGACCCACCUUGGCGGCCCCACAGUGGCCCGUGGCCCAAACGUCCCCCCUGGUUGGACCCCAGCUGGCGGGGCCCCCGGGUUGAUGGAUCAGAGGAUGCCACUCCAGAUCCCCCCCGUCCUGCCUAAAGCCCCCCAGCCUCCCACACACACCCAGACCCCCCCAGCAGUCUUCACUGGGGGCCCCACCGGAGGAACCAAUGGAGCAGCAGGGGACCCCCCUCAGGUGAAGUUUGACGAUAACAACCCGUUCAGUGAGGGUUUCCAGGAGAGGGAGAGGAGGGAGAGGCUGAGGGAUCAGCAGGAGAGGCAGAGAGUUCAGCUCAUGCAGGAGGUGAAACAUCACACCAUCAUCACUCAGAGAACACAGAUGUUCAUCUGUAGAGAGCAGGAACUGUCGGUGAUGCCCCUGAUGGAGCCGGUUCUGGAGGUGGACCUGAGUCUGUUCCCCCCGUACGGGAGCUCCUCUCUGGGCAGAGACUCCACAAUGAGCGGCUCCUUCGGUAACGGAGUCCUGGACGGAGUCACGGACUACUACUCCCAGCUCAUAUACAAGCAGAAUAACCUCAGUAACCCCCCCACACCUCCGGCCUCCCUGCCUCCCACCCCCCCGCCCGUCACCAGGCAGAAGCUGGUGAAUGGCUUCGCUACAACGGAGGAGCUGACGGAGCAGGAGGGUGUGAAGCUGAAUCGGAAGGGGCCUCUGGCUCUAAACCACGGCACCAAAACAGUAGAUGUCCCCGCCUCCCUGCCCACCCCGCCCCACAACAACCAAGAAGAGCUCAGAGUUCACGACUCGUCAGGACGUGACAGCCCUGAAGGCUUCGUCCCGUCGUCUUCUCCAGAGAGUGUGGUGGACGAAGAGGUCAGCAGGUACCCCGACCUCUCCUGGAUCAAACUGGAGCCGCCUUCGCCCUGCGUCUCGCCUACAAUACCCAUGAUGCCCUGCGCCUGGGGAAAAGUGAAACAAGAAGUGAAGGCGGAGCCUAACCAUCAGGGUCAUCGCUCAUGCUCUAACACAGACCUGGUAACCAUAGCGAUAACCCUGAACCCUGUUGCAGCUCAGACUGUAGCAGACGUGAUGGCGGCGGUAGCCGAGCUGUUACUGGUCCCCGUCCCCUCUGACUACCAGCUGAGCAGAGCCACUGGCACCGGGAGGAGCUCUCUUGGUCUGCUGGCUGGAGUUAGAGUACCACUCACACAGAGUUCAACAGGAAGCAAUCAACAGAGACCAGAUGCUGCUGGAAACACUGGUGUCGGCAUGGACUACAUCCAACAUGGCGGCGCUUCUACUGCCAGGCCUCAGUGUUGCAGCUACUGCAAGGUGCUGCUGGGAAACGGAGUCCGAAUCGUCAAAGAGCUCAAACAGGAGGGUCAGUCCAGAUCCAGCUUGAUGUUCUGUAGUCCAAACUGCUCGUCUCUCUACGCAUCUGACCUGCAGAGCAGAAGAGCUGUGAACCAGGCUGCCGUCCCAGUCCCUCCCAGCAGAGUGCAGCACCAGUACACCAGCAACAUGUCCUCCAUCGCCGUCCACUCCCUCCUCCACACUCCCUCCUCACCUCCUCCAACCUCCUCCCCUUCACUCUCAUUCCCCCCCGCCUCCGCCAUCACCCUGGAGACCAGUCCCCGCAUGGACAACCUCAAAGUGAAGGUGAAGCUGAAGCCCCGCCCCCGGGCAGUCCCAGGAGGAGACGACUCACUGUCGUCUCGCCACGGGAAGAGGAUGAAGAGUAACCGCUGGAGACGCUGGAGCUUUAGCAUCACACUCAGCAGGGGCACUUGCACUCCUAACGAGACGGUUGCCAUGCCAACGGAGGAGGAAGUGGAUGUACUACUGAAUAAACUGGGGGCGUGUCUUCGUCCUGAUCCGUUACCCAAAGACCAGCGGAGGUGCUGCUUCUGUAACCAGCAGGGUGACGGGCAGACAGACGGACCGGCCAGACUGCUGAACCUGGACCUGGACCUGUGGGUCCACCUGAACUGCGCUCUGUGGUCCAGCGAGGUGUACGAGACUCAGGCCGGAGCUCUGAUCAACGUGGAGCUGGCUCUAAGGAGGAGUCUGUCUCUACGCUGUGCUCACUGUCACAAGACCGGAGCCACGAGCGGCUGCAACCGCCUCCGCUGCACCAACACCUACCACUUCACCUGUGCACUGCAGGCCCACUGCACCUUCUUCAAGGACAAGACGAUGCUGUGUCAGCUCCAUAAACCCAGGUCGGGUCCUGUUGGAGCGGACCGUUCCUCCAGCGACUCCCCCUCCUCCACCCCGGGGGGGCCGAGCUGUGACCCCUCGGCGGUCUGUGACCCGUACGACUGUGAGCUGUGGUGCUUCGCUGUGUUCCGCCGGGUGUUCGUGCAGCGGGACGAGGCGCGGCAGAUCGCCGCCGUGGUGCAGCGUGGCGAGCGGCGUCACACCUUCAGGGUCGGCAGCCUGCUGUUCACUGCCAUCGGGAGGCUCCUCCCACAGCAGAUGAAGGCCUUCCACAACAAGGCCGCCAUCUUCCCCAUUGGUUACCACACCAACCGCAUCUACUGGAGCAUGCGGCACAGCAACAGACGCUGUCGGUACAUGUGCUGCAUUGAGGAAGACGAGGGCCGGCCGCUGUUUAAAGUGAAGGUGGUGGAGACGGGAUACAAUGACCUCAUCCUGACCGGAACAACUCCUAAAGCUGUGUGGGACCAGAUACUGGGACCAGUAUCACAGAUGAGAUCCUCCAGUGGGACUCUGAAGCUUUUCCCAGUUUACCUGAAAGGAGAAGAUCUGUUUGGAUUGACAACUUCUGCAGUGACCAGGAUCCUGGAGUCUUUGCCAGGUGUGGAGACCUGUGAGCGUUACACCUUUCGUUAUGGAAGGAACCCUCUCAUGGAGUGGCCUCUGGCCUUCAACCCUUCUGGAUCAGCCCGUUCUGAACCCAAAGCCUCCCAAACCAAGAGACCCAACCUGUUGACCAGCAGCGCUCCCAGGUGUCAGGGCUCCGUGGGCUCCAUCGUGGGCCUCGUGCCCGGCGUCAUCUCUCUGUCUCCGGGGGAGUCGGUGGCGGCAGCUCAUCAGGGACGUCACUCUAAGUCGGCUCAGUACCGACGCAUGAAGGCCGAGUGGAAGACCAGCGUCUACCUGGCUCGCUCUCGUAUACAGGGUCUGGGUCUCUACGCUGCCAGAGACAUUGAGAAAUGCACCAUGGUCAUCGAGUACAUCGGCACCAUCAUCAGGAGUGAAGUAGCCAAUCGUAAGGAGAGGCUGUACGAGUCACAGAACCGAGGUGUGUACAUGUUCCGGAUCGAUAACGACUUUGUGAUCGACGCCACCAUCACUGGAGGACCAGCCAGGUACAUCAACCACUCGUGUUCUCCGAACUGCAUCACAGAGGUGGUCACUGUGGAGAAGGAGAACAAGAUCAUCAUCAGCUCCUGUAGACGCAUCCAGAGAGGAGAAGAGCUAUCCUAUGACUACAAGUUUGACCUGGAGGACGAUCAACAUAAGAUCUCGUGUCACUGUGGAGCCGUUAACUGCCGUAAAUGGAUGAACUGAAGACACAGCUGUCUCUCUAUCUGUCUGUCUCUCUCUCUGUCUGUCUCUCACCCCCAUGUGGGUGGAGUUACACUUCAUAUCAGAAGUCAAUAUAUUGAUAAUAAACCUGAUCACACAUGAAAUAAUGUUUGGAAGGAGGGGCAGAGCUAAUUCUGGUGGUGUUGGAUGAUUUGACAGGUGAGGGGGCGGGGCUUAUAUCGAGGCUGGUCCUCUGUGUAUAUUGUGUAAAAAUGACCACAGAUGUAAAUGUCAACUAUCAGAAUGUCUUUGUCAUUAAGUUGCACUAUUAACAAACAUAUAAAACAACAAAAACAGAUCAAUGCCCACAGAAACAUAUGUGGUUCCUCUUCCACCUCUUCCUCCUCCUGUGUUUUGUUAAUUUCCUGUAAAAUAAGAGAUUUUGUUCUUUUUGUAUUUAUUACUGAAUGAAGCUAUUUUCUAAUUACGCGGUGAGUUCGAGGUCCGGAGUCUCAGCCUGUAAAUAUCUGUAUUAUAAAUUUAAAGGAAAGACAAAAUGUUUAGAAAUCACUCCACUGACAGCGACCUUAACAUUCUCAUCGUCACCUUCAUCACCUGCCCGUCAGUUUCCUCUCGCGCUGCAUUCUGAUUGGAUGAAGACGUCGUUUUUUUUGUGUUUUUUCACCCAGCAUUUUGGCUGCAGGCGUUUCUAUGUUUAGUUUUUUCACUUUGUUUUGUGUACAUAUGAGGUUUUAUCAAGACUGUGUACAGUUCAACGACAUGAAGCCUCUUUUUUUUGUUUUUAAUAUUCACAUAAACAGAGUGAUGUUUUUUGUUUUUUGGGAAAAUGUGGAAUCUGAUUUAGAAUAAUUUACAGAAAAUAAAAUAUUUUACAUCUUGAA